AUGCCAAAGGGUGUUGUGAUAGAACAUGAUCAGCUAGCUGCAGCAGCAAAGCAAGUUGGCCAGGCCCUAGGCUUUAGUGAAAGGCCGCAUAUACUACAAUUUGCCUCGUAUAGUUUUGAUGUGUGUAUCCUUGAAACAUUAUUUGGCCUAGCUCAUGGCUGCUGCAUAUGCGUUCCUACAGAAUUACAGUCGAGAAACGAUAUAAUUGGAUUUAUCAAUGCGACGAAUAUGUCUUAUGCCGUUUUCACCCCAUCCGCACUUUCAGCCAUUCCCCUUCGACAAACCAGGAGUCUACAAAGUCACCUCAUAGGAGGUGAAGAGCCUCCUCUUGAUCUCUUAAAAUUUUACAGCAAAUACUUCGGGAUAAUGAUCGCCUAUGGUCCUGCUGAGUGCACUGUUCCCUCAUACGUCUAUCCAAGAGAUCUUGGAACUAGCAUCUGCAAUAGGAUGUGGAUUAGGGAUCCACAGAAUCCUGAGCAAAGCGCAUCAGUCGAUACGAUAGGGGAACUUAUCAUUGAAGGCCCAACUGUAGGGCGUGGCUAUCUCAAUGACCAUGCAAGGACAGCCGAGCAGUUCGAUGCCAAGUAUUUAGGUUUCAAACCAUCACAAAUGAUUCGUCGAUACAGGACAGGGGAUAUGGCUCGUUAUGACGCGAAUGGCUCAAUCAUCUUUUCAGGAACAAAAGACGAGCAAAUAAAGUUGAAUGGACGUCGAAUUGAACUUGGCGAGAUCGAAUACUGGUUACAGACGCUGCUUCCCACAGGGGAGCGUGGGAAAGUUGAGCUUGUUCGAUACAACCAGAGCCAAGCCGAGAGGCUCGUUGCCUUCAUAUGUCUUAACGCAAGCAGAAGCCAUCAAGAACCCCGGGCCGAGUGUAUUUCUCAAUACUCCAAAGACACUUGCGAUCAACGAGCAAGAUCUAUUCAACAAUAUCUUCGAGAGCUGCUUCCAGAAUACAUGAUUCCAACACCGUACAUGCCAGUGUCACGAUCUCCUCUGACACUAUCAUCCAAGCUAGAUCGACAUAAACUUCGAGAACUGGCAUUGAAUCUGUCACCUGAUGACCCGAAAGACAAUAUGUCGGUCUUGAAGUCAUAA